AUGCCGACUUGCACCUCAACCAGUAUGGCCGCAGCCUCAUUCUCGCAGUCUGCUGAGGCGAUCGACCCGCUUGCAGGCGUCGACUACAUCAUCGUCAUCGACAAUGGAGCACACAACAUUCGUAUCGCGUCAAUACCUUAUCCUUUCUCCCGACAAGCCAUCUCGGCUGCCACUUCUGUUGCCGGCUCAUCUUCCGAUUCGUCCUUCCUAGAUCCAUCCCUCCUGGCGCAAUCGAUCGCGAUCGAUGUUUUCCCCAACGCCAUCGCGCGCACCCGCACACCUCACACCAUCCCCUCCUUGUCCGCCUCGGAAGUUUCCCCAACAGCACCAGCCGCAGGAUCCAAAACAUCCAUCUUCGUUUCCUCCCACAUCCACUCCUUGCUCGACGAUUAUGCCGCCUUACAUCUUCGUCUUCCGCAUCAAAGCGGAAUAGUGGUCGAUUGGGCCGCACAAAAGACGAUCUGGGAUCAUGUGUUGACAAAUCAUUUGGCAAAGCUACCAGGCGGAAUUGCGAAAAGGGGAAAGUUGCUGGCGGGCAAAGCGGUAAUUAUGACCGAAGCGUAUCUCAAUCUGGAACCUGCACAGCAUGCUACCGAUCUGUUGCUCUUCGAACAUUACGGUGCACAAGCUGUAUCGAGAACGAGUGCGGCGGCGUUGAUUGGUUUGGGCACCAAUGUGUUUCGAUCCGAUUUGCCACUUUCGCGCCCCACAAAGGCAGCAAACCUCGAGGCACCAAGCCAAAAAGAAGCAUCCUCUCCAGAGAUUGUCAUGGAACAAGGAGGAGCUUCUUCUACAAAGCGUCCGCUUCGCACUUCUCGAGCUUCCGCGACUACCACCAUCAACACUGCAGAACCCUCGAUAUCCCUCCCCCGCAUCCUGACUAUCCCGCGACCUCAAUCAAUGCUGGUGCUCGACUUGGGAUACUCCUACUGCCACACCAUCCCCAUCAUCAACGGUGUGGUCCAUCAUUCCUCCGUCCGACGUCUCGAGCUCGGCGGGAAAAUGCUCAUCAACCUUCUCAAGGAAACCUUGUCCUUCAAACAGCUCGAUAUGAUGGACGAAUCUUGGCUCAUGUCGCACAUCUUUGCCAAGACCUCCUUUGUCGCAGCCGAAGUGGGUCACAGGGUAUAUGGAGCCGAUGACCGAGUCAAGAGCCAACUUGAGGCGGUGGAGCGCAAGCAUGCAGCGCUGUGGACUUACAACGAUUUGUUGUUGAUGAGCAAAUUCGGCAAAGCCAAAGGGAGCAAGAGCAUUAGUGUCACGUGGAGUCUGCCAGAUUAUGGAGGAGUGGGAGGUAGAACUGAGGUGGAGCAACGUAAUAGAGCUAGGUACGGACUUAUUGUCGACGGUCCGAAUCCGCCCGCCUACGCGGCUUACGCGGCAUCCCAGAAGGACAGGAACGAUGAUGGCUCGCACCUAACCAAGCGGCCCCGAUUCGAAGCACGAUUCGACUGGGAAUCGUCGUUCAUCGCAUCAACCACUGCCACUACUACCACAGCCCGACGUGCUUCGACGCCUUGCACAGACAAAGAAGAAGAUGACCACGACCUUCAAACCCUAACCCUCGCCACCGAGCGGUUCAGCAUCAUCGAAAACCUCUUCAAUCCCGGCUCACUUGGACUUGAUCAGAAACCACUACCGGAACUCAUCCUCGACUCGAUCACUUCUGUUUCCACUUCCGACCUUCCCAGCGCUCGGACCGCAGCAGACAUGAUGUGGAGUAACAUCGUCCUCGCCGGCGGUCUAGCCAAUACGGUUAACAUGAGCAGAAGAUUGAACAACGAGCUGGCAUCACUAGCGCCAGCCGAUGUGCCGUUGAGGAUAUGGCCAGACGAGCAGCGAGAAGUUGAUAAGGCGCUACUGGCGAUACAGGCGGGCGUAGUGAUGGCAUGCGAGAUGAGUGUUAGGCAAGCAUUCAGCCAAGAGACGGUGCAGAAUGGUGUUGCGGGGAGUGCGAAGAAGAAGCCGAGGAAAAGCCGUGCUGAAGCGGCCGUCAAUGCAGCGGCGACGGCGAAUGCGAAUGGUCUGAAGAUCGGUAAGGGAGCCGCAGAAGCAAGGUGGUUGACGUACACUCAGUGGAUCAAUCCAACAGACUCAGCGGGAGGCGGCGGCGCAGACGCGGAUAUUGUCAAGGCUGCCAAUCGGGUCUUUUAUCCGUCAGCAUCACAGGUCGCUGCGAGAGAUGCGGACGGCGCCUAG